AUGCACGGUCGAUGCUGCCCAGACAGCACAAGCCACGCAGCUCGGAAACCCCCUGCACAAUCGCCGUGCUCCCGCAGCUAUCUCCGCCUCUCGGCAUGCAGCGCGCAGGGCACCGUGGCACGUCGAGGGCGGGCAAAUCUGUGGGCGGGACGGGUUUCCAUAAGCUCAGCUGUCAGCCGCACUGUCGACUGUCGACUUCAAUUGCACUCGAUCCCAGAUACACAACUCCACGGCGUCCCAGAUACACAAUUCCACGACGUCCCAGAUACACAGUUCCACGGCGUCCCAGAUACACAACUCCACGACGUCUCAGAUACACAAUUCCACGGCGUCUCAGAUACACAAUUCCACGGCGUCUCAGAUACACAAUUCCACGGCGUCUCAGAUACACAAUUCCACGGCGUCUCAGAUACACAAUUCCACGGCGUCUCAGAUACACAAUUCCACGGCGUCUCAGAUACACAAUUCCACGGCGUCUCAGAUACACAAUUCCACGGCGUCCCAGAUACACAACUCGACGACGUCCCACGCGGAGCAUCGAGACGGUCCUACCACGCGCCUGGCUAG